UUUCCAGCUCUCUUGCAUGAACUGUAUUUUGGCCUCUUAAGAGGCUCUGAUAAGGCCCAGGUUCCUGGUGAUUUUACGUGAAGUGACAUCUGAGUCACUCUUAGACUGCAUUCCACGCCAAUCUGCCUGGUCCUGCAGUUUGUGGGCUAACUCCUGCUGUCUUUCAACAUAUGGAGCCCUAUCAGAUAGUAAUGGCGGAGAUGCAGGGACUGGUGGAAAGGCUGGAGCGAGCAGUCUGCCGCCUGGAGCUACUGUCUGCGGGGUCCCUCCAGCCUCCUGGGAACUGUGGGGAGCUCAAUGGUGUCAUUGGAGGUCUGGCCCCCUCAGUGGAAGCCUUUGAUAAACUGAUGAACAGCAUGGUGGCCGAGUUUCUAAAGAAGAGUAAGAUCCUUGCUGGGGACGUGGAGACUCAUGCAGAAAUGGUGCAGAGUGCUUUCCAGGCCCAGCGGGCUUUCAUUCUGAUGGCCUCUCAGUACCAGCAACCCCAAGAGAAUGACGUGGCUGCACUUCUGAAACCAAUAUCAGAAAAGAUUCAAGAAAUCCAGACUUUCAGAGAGAGAAACCGGGGGAGUGAAAUGUUCAAUCAUCUCUCCGCGGUCAGCGAGAGCAUCCCUGCGCUGGGGUGGAUAGCCGUGUCCCCCAAACCCGGUCCUUAUGUCAAGGAGAUGAAUGACGCGGCCACCUUUUACACCAACAGGGUCUUGAAGGACUACAAACACAGUGACUUACGCCACGUGGAUUGGGUGAAGUCCUAUCUGAACAUUUGGAGCGAGCUUCAAGCAUACAUCAAGGAACACCACACCACCGGCCUUACCUGGAGCAAAACAGGUCCAGUCGCAUCCAGUGCAUCGGCAUCGCCUGUUCUCUCCCCUGGGCCCGCUUUCCCUCCACCCCCACCUCCUCCUCCUCCUCCUGGACCACCUCCGCUUUUUGAGAAUGAGGGUAAAAAAGAGGAAUCUUCUCCUUCACGCUCAGCUUUAUUUGCGCAACUUAACCAAGGUGAAGCGAUUACAAAAGGACUCCGACACGUCACAGAUGACCAGAAGACACACAAGAAUCCCAGUCUGCGGGCGCAAGGCGGACAGACUACAUCUCCAUCCAAAAGCCACACUCCAGGCCCCACCCCACCCCACUCUCAGGCGCCUCAGAAACAUGCUCCGGUGUUGGAGUUGGAAGGAAAGAAAUGGAGAGUAGAAUAUCAAGAGGACAGGAACGACCUUGUGAUUGCAGAGACCGAACUGAAACAAGUGGCUUACAUUUUCCAAUGCAACAAGUCUACUCUACAGAUAAAAGGGAAAAUAAAUUCCAUUACAAUAGAUAAUUGUAAGAAGUUUGCACUUGUGUUUGACAAUGUGGUGGGUAUUGUGGAAGUGAUCAACUCCAAGGAUAUUCAAAUGCAGGUAAUGGGGAGAGUGCCAACAAUUUCUAUUAAUAAGACAGAAGGUUGCCACAUAUACCUCAGUGAAGAUGCACUAGACUGUGAGAUUGUGAGUGCCAAGUCAUCUGAAAUGAAUAUACUUAUCCCUCAGGAUGGUGAUUAUAGGGAAUUUCCUGUUCCGGAGCAGUUCAAGACAUCGUGGGAUGGCUCGAAGCUGGUCACAGAACCUGCUGAAAUUAUGGCCUAAGCUCCAGAGAGACUGAACCCCCUGACCCGACUCUCCCCUUUUCCCAUACUUGCAAAAAAAAAAAAAAAGCAGCAUUAAAGACCUAGAAGUUGCAGGAACACCUACUGCUUUCAUUUUGGCCUCCAACAAUUAUAGAAACAGCAUCAUUUCUGGCAUGCUUUCGUGGGCAUUUUGCAGUUUAACAUUUCCUCAUGAUUUGCUUUUGUGUGUGAGUCAAGCCCCACUUGACGACUCGUGAGCGUUCUACAUUGAAAGGGGGAACAAGAAUGCUGUUCCCGCGUAUCAUUAACAGCACUGAUAGGUAAAAAUAUCGCAUGAUUCACCUUUACACUUAGGUUUAGCCGCUCAUUCGCUUUUAUAUUUAUGUUUAACGACUAGUGAAAAACAAAACCUUUGAGAAUCUAAGAUGUGCAUUUUUACCUUUUAGGAAACUUCAAUGUGAUAUCGCUGUAGUAGUAUGCUCUGAAAAGCACACGAUAUGAUUUUCUUCCUUAUUUUUCCCACGUGUUCACCUUUUCCCACGUGUUCAUCAGCAUGGAUCUACUGGCAGCAUGAAUACAUGAAUAUUCCAAUCCAUGUUUUUAAAAAAUACAAGAAAAUUACAUACUAAGCAUCGUGUUAAGUUUCUUGGUCCUAUACACUGCAGUUACUAAAAAUCUAAAUUCUAAUGACUUAUCGUAAAAAUUUUUCCACCAUGUCACUUGGAAAACUUACUUUAUUGUGUAAAGGUUUUCAUGCCAAAAGAUUGGUGGAAGCAGUUUUUUGUUUGGUUUCUUUGCUGUAGAGUACUCACAUCACACUCAAUUUGUGUUUUCCAGUUUUGAACCUGUUAAAUAUCGGAUGCCUUGUACAUGACAUUUUUAACAUUUUAAUUUAGGUUACUUUCUUCUAAAUCACUUGCUGGACUUGCUUAUCAGUCUCAAAAAUGAACAUGAAAAGCCAUAGAUGUAUUAUGUCCUGUAAAACCUACGGAACUAUUUGUUGGUUAGGCUUGCUGCUCCUAUUUUUGUAGUAUUAAUAGUACAUGCUUUUCCAGCAUAUGAUAACUAUGAUAUUCCUUUGUAUCUUGAAGUACAUAGUGCUGAAAAGUCUGCAACUUCUUGGAUGACAUGUAAUGAAUUUUAGUAUCAUGCUUGCAGGCCCAAUACAAGCAUAUAGAUCGUGCCUCUUACAGCCUUUGGAAUACAUCAUUUCCGUUUUUUAAAUAUCUUCUCUAUCCAUAUAAAAUUAUUAAUGCUCUUUAUCAAGGUUUUGCUAUAAAAGUUUUGUCCUAAUGAAUAAUGUUGUGGCUUUAGUAAAUAUCUUUUUUUCAACUGUAAACUUAUUCUAAAAUAAAGUAAAACUCUAAUUGUUUAUAUACUGUGAUGGAUUCUGGGUGUUAAAAUUGUUUGU